AGCAUGAGCCCACGGUUAGUUUGAAAAUUCGGCGCCAUAUUGGCAAAACUAUCUUUGACACCUUAGCAAAACCAUUGCUGUUUUUUUUAUACCAUAGAGUAAAGUGAUUAGACAAUUUAAUAUAAAAAAAACUUUAUAUAUCUGUGCUACUUUUGGGGUGAAAUAUGGCUAGUUUAGAGAAUGUGAAAGCACUUCACGAAGCCGGUUUGCAUUCAAGCGCUCAGUUGUUGGCCAGUUUUCUUCUAUCCAUAAAUGAGCAAGCAAGUACACACGACAAGCAAGAUGUUAACAACAUGGCCAACAAACAUCAGUUAAUGGUCUACUUUGCAGAUUCACUUUUUAAGGAGGAACAUUAUAGAAGAGCUGUGCACUACUACACAAAGGCUCUUCAACUUAGAAAAGCAAUAAGUAAAAACAAGACCAAGUUAUCUUCACAAUCGGGUCUAGCCCCUGAGGUGGAUGUCAAGUACAAAGCCUAUAAGUGCCACAUUUCUCUAAAGGAGCCAAAAGAAGCGCUUGCUAUGCUUGAGGGAAUUACCCAGAGGCAGAGGACACCGAAAGUGAAUAUUGCUCUGGCAAAACUAUAUCGGCACCAGGGAAUGGAAAGGUCUGCUUUAUCCUGUUAUAAGGAAGUUCUAAGACAGUGCCCAUUUGCUCUUGAGGCAGCCACUGGCUUAUUGGCAUUAGGCGUGACCAGCACAGAAGUGACGUCACUGAUGUCAAGGAACCAGACGGCUUCAGGAUCUACCACAAAUGAAUGGUUGGCAAGCUGGAUAAAGGCACAUACUUUAACAGUUACCAACAAGUUUGCAAAAGCAGCCCAGUCAUUAAAGACUUUAGAAACUCAGGUGUUGCGUGACAAUGUGGAGCUGUUGUGUGACAUUGCUGAGAAUUUCUACAGUGCCGGAGACAUGAAGAGUUCCAAGGCAGUCUUUCAACGUGCACACUCUUUGGACCCCUAUGUUAUCAAAGGCAUGGAUGUCUAUGCAUAUCUCCUAGCACAGGACAGCAAUACAAAAGAACUGGAAAGGCUAUCAAAGAACUUGAUUCAGGUGACACAGAACAAGGCAGAGCCCUGGGUAGCCAUGGCGCACUUCUGUAACCUGACAAACCGCAAACCCCGGGCUGUCUACUUUGCACAAAAGGCACAUACUAUUGACAGUCACAAUGUUCAAGCACUGAUUCUUAAAGCAUCUUUAUUGCAAGCACUUGAUAAAUAUCAAGAGGCUUUGUUACACUUCCGUGAAGCAGUCAAGCUAUCGCCUAGCAAUUUUGAAGCUGUUAAAGGACUGGUAGAAUGUUAUCUGUCUGCUGAGAGGUUCAGAGAUGCUAUGGCUAUUGCAAAGAAUGCUCUCAAAACUCUUGGUACCACAACAAGGACCCUUACGCUGUGCGCUUCUGUUAUCACCCAUGACCCUUCAACCCAAGAGAAAGCCAAGUCUAUGCUGGAGAAAGCACUGAGUUUGGAUCCAGGGCACACAGAGGCUGUUUGCUUGCUAGCAGAGAUACUAGGACACAAGCAGGAAUAUGACAAGGCUAUAGAACUACUCAAAAAGCAUCUCAUCAACCAUCGUACAGCACGCCUACAUCAGCUGCUAGGGGACUUCCUGGCCACCACCAAUGAAUACCAGGAAGCUCUUGACCAGUACACAAAGUCCCUAAGCUUGAACCCAGGUAAUGCCAAGGCAAUAGAGGGCAUUCAGAAUGUAGAAAAGCAAAACAGUGGCGCAGACAUGGAUUCUGAUGAUGAGGUCGACCCACUUGGCAGCCAUCAUCCCGAAGGACUGGGACUAGACGAGGAUGAUCCUGAUGGUGAUGACUCUUGGACAUCUCAAGACCUUCGAGCACCUCUCUCAUUCUAGGUCGAUGCGCCGUGAAGGAAGAUAACAGUGAUUCAGUCUGUAAGAGAUGGUGGGAUAUAUGAUGUUUUAAAAUCGAGGAAUGGAAAGCAGCUAUGAAUGACAAAAAAUGUUUGAAUUGAAAGCAAGGCUCUUUGGGGUAUUCUCUAGUUAGAAAUGUUGAAAUCUGGGAACAACAUGAUGAUUGAUAUUCGUAGAUAUUACUUGGUCCAUAUCAAAGGGAUGAGAAUGCAAUGCAAGUAACAAGUAAUGUGUAAAUAGUAAUAUUCUUUAUUAAUAAACUUACUAUGAGAAAUAGACAAAGUUGUAACCCCGCUUUCGUGAAAUAAUGAAAUAAACAUUGCUUUUUCUUUGGUA